AUGGCUAUGCGAAGGUCUCCACCGAAGCUGUACUCAUAUAAAUAUCAUAACUUCGAUCUGUUCCGACAUCAGACGCUUCACAGCCAUACAUCCAACAAGAUGAAAACCUUCGUCCUGACUCUCGCUUUGUGCGCCUGCCUGGCCGCCGCCGAUGUGUCCCACUUACAGCCCAGCACCAGCUACCUUCCGCCUCCUCGUCCGGAACACGCUGUGUCCAUGAGCAUCGAGCAACAAGAGCUGCGAGAGCUGCCCGAGCAAGUGGAGUACAUGCGUCCAAAUGAACAAGGUCAGAUGGAGCCCAUGCCCAGCAGUCUUCUCACUCCUCCCGCUGCAGUUGAUCAGCAGGAAGCCAUGCCCUCCUCUCGCUACCUGCCACCUGCACCUGCACCCGUUCCCGUGCCAGUUGAGAUGACCGUUGAGCCCAUGAUGAUGCCCCAGAUGGAAGUGAUGGAACCUCAGCAAGCUAUCAUGGAGAAGGUCCAGCAACAGCCAGAGCUCGCACAUCGUUACCUGCCUCCCGCACCAGUUUCUGAGCAGCAGCUGACCUACCAGCAAUACCAGGAGCAGAUGCAGCAGAUCCAGAUGCACGAUGAGCCCCAGGAACAGCAGCCCCAGCAACCGCAGGAUCAACCAGAACAGGAGGAGCAGCAAACAACGUACGUUCUGGAUGUCCAGCAGCCCAUGGCUCCAUCCGAUGUGGAGACCCAAGAGCAUCUGGAACCAGAGCCCGCCCACGAACUCCGUGCCGAUGGCUAUUACUACAAACAGGCCGAAGAACAGCGUCGUCUGAGGCAUUAA